UAUCCCUUCCGAUAUAAUGGUCAUGUCUGGUCCUAAGUUAAUUUUACAGUUAAUAGUCUUUCCAUGAAUAUUCAAUUUCACUCUUCAGGCGAGCUUUUUGUCAUCAUAAGUCUGUAGUAGUCAUUUCACUGACUGCUUUAGUCUGGCAAAUGGUUGCAAAAUGUUCAUAUUGUAUACACAUAUGCUGUCCUGAGCCUUCAGCUAGACACACAUCUCUUGGGCUAUGAAAUUUUCCACAUCUUAUGCAUUUCGUCUGAAUGGCUUUAUAGUUAGUCUGGCACUUUUUGCUCACUGCCUUAAGGGUUUUAUGAUAAAUAUGUUUAGUAAUCAUUGUGUCCCUUUACAGCUUCUAAGCUGGUUUCUGUUUUUUUAAGUUCCUGUGCUUCACUAGUUCACUCUGCUUUGUUUUCUAGCUAACUGUGUGUAGGGUUAAAUCAGACAUUUCCAGUAUUAAAAAUAGAGAGUUAGUUAGAAAGCUAGCUCCAGAGAGACCCUAUGCAGAUUAUUGUUGCUGCUGUGAGAUGCUUUUGUCUGUAAGCCCAAUACUUAGUCUAUUGCUAAUAUUUUAAUGUUUUACAAUCCCCCAAUCACAGUUUUCUGCCAAAGCAUGCAAAGUUCUUAUAAAGAAUACAACAGAUUCCCCUACUUCUUGAAUUCUCUGGUGAAAACAUGCCCUUUCAUAAACCACAUUUUUCUGAGGUAUAAAGUGUGCAUCAAAUAGAGCUAACUCUUUCACAGUCAUCGCUCUGACUGUCAUCAGUAAAGGCAAAGGGUUUAAAGAUAUAUUCCGCCUGUCAUCUAGAGCAUAAACUAAAGACAAUAUCUGGAUGCUUCCAGUUCCCCGGAAGAGUUUCGUAGCAACGUAAAAUCUUGCAAAGCGCUGCUUAGUCUGUCUGGUCUAAAGGUUUGUCAAAACUGAAGUUCUCAGGGGGCAUCAAAGAUUGCAGGCUGAUGAGACUGAUCCCAGAACAUUGGUUGCUUCCCUUCCUGCCUGUUUGUAAUCUUUGUUCUUGUUUUCCUUUUGUUUCUGUUCUCCUCCACUGCCAGUCUGGUUAUUUUACUUCUGACACCAUGUCCUGGACUCUCUGUACAUGACAGGUGGCACGGCUGCUACUAGGUGAGGCUCCUGUACCAGCUAUGGAUUGGCUACACCGCUGCCAUCGCGAGCGAGAGACCAGACGAGUUCUCGUUAAGAUACUUUACUGCACUACCAGGUAUGGCCGUUACCAGCUCAGGUUAGAAACCUUACACAGGCUGCCAGCUAGUGGCCCCGCCACACUGCAGUGUUGGCAACCCGUUGCAGACUUCAUUCAGCACCUGGCGCGGGAGGGGAAACCCGGCCAACUCAUAGGCUGGGAUUCCCCGCUUCCGCCCCGCCCGAGCUGUGUGAGAGGCGGGGACAAUAAAGCAGGCCCAGGUAGCCCCCUCCCCCCGUUAGAGGGAUAGACGCCUCCAACUGUGACAUCAGCCGCAGAGGAGACAGGCGACCUGUUCCCAUCGCACUUCCGCCACACUCCCCAGCACCGGGCAUGGCUGGGGCUGCCGGGAAGAGCCGCUCGGAGCUGAGGGGAAUUCCGAGUCAGGGGCGGAGUCUCCCCAGAAACAGGGCGGUGACGCACGCCCGGCCCCACCCCGCUCUUUCCUUAGCCGUUGGCAACGGCGCUUUUGCUUUUUCCUCUUUCACCCCAGGGCUCUCGCACUCGCUGUCAGUUCCGUAUCCGGCGUGGGACGCGUCACUUCCUGCUCACGCCGGCGCUCUCUCUUUCCCCCUCUCCCCGGACCCGGAUGGUGACUGGUGGCGGCGCUGGGACUGUCACUGAGCUGUUCCCCGGGCCUGUUGUCCUGAGCGGUGGCAGCACCGGGAAGAUGGCUGAUGCGGCGGCGGCUGCGGGGGCCUCAUGCUCCUCGGCGGCGGCCGCUGGCCCUGGAUCGGUCUCCGCUGCGCCGGGCCCCUGCGAGUGGCUGCUGCUGCGGGACGGCUGCCUGCGCUGCGACGCCGACGGGCUCUGUAGUCUCUGCUACCACCCGGCUCUCAACGCCAUCCUGGCCGUGACCGCCCGCGGCGCCAUCAAAGUCAUCGACGGUACCUCGGGGGCCACGCUGCAGGCCUCGGCACUCAACGCUAAACCAGGUGGGCGGGUGAAAUGUCAAUAUAUUUCUGCUGUGGAUAAAGUUAUCUUUGUGGAUGAUUAUGCAGUCGGAUGUAGGAAAGACCUCAAUGGCAUCUUGCUGCUAGACACAGCUCUGCAAACACCUGUUUCAAAGCAAGAUGAUGUGGUUCAACUUGAAUUGCCAGUUACAGAGGCUCAGCAACUGUUAUGCGCUUGCAUAGAGAAGGUAGACGUCUCCAGCACAGAGGGAUAUGACUUGUUCAUCACACAGCUGAAAGAUGGCUUAAAAAAUACCUCACAUGAGACAGCAGCAAACCAUAAAGUUGCAAAGUGGGCAACAGUUACGUUCCAUCUUCCUCAUCAUGUAUUGAAGUCUGUCGCCAGUGCCAUUGUAAAUGAACUUAAGAAGAUAAAUCAAAAUAUUGCUGCCUUACCUGUAGCCUCCUCUGUGAUGGAUAGGUUAUCUUACCUCUUACCCAGUGCGCGACCAGAGCUUGGCGUGGGACCUGGUCGAUCUGUGGACAGGUCCUUGAUGUAUAGUGAGGCUAACAGACGGGAGACAUUCACCUCAUGGCCUCAUGUAGGGUAUAGGUGGGCGCAGCCAGAUCCCAUGGCUCAAGCCGGGUUCUAUCAUCAGCCUGCUUCAUCAGGAGAUGAUAGAGCCAUGUGUUUUACCUGCAGUGUGUGUUUGGUGUGCUGGGAGCCUACAGAUGAACCUUGGUCUGAACAUGAGAGACAUUCCCCAAACUGCCCGUUUGUCAAAGGUGAGCACACACAGAAUGUACCCCUCUCAGUCACACUCGCAACAAGUCCAGCACAGUUUCCCUGCACAGAUGGCACUGACAGGAUAGCUUGCUUUGGAUCAGGAAGUUGCCCUCACUUUCUAGCUGCAGCAACAAAACGAGGAAAGAUCUGCAUAUGGGAUGUUUCCAAACUUAUGAAGGUUCACUUAAAGUUUGAGAUCAAUGCAUAUGAUCCAGCAAUUGUUCAACAGCUUGUGUUGUCAGGAGAACAGAGCUCAGGGGUUGACUCAAGGAGACCAACAUUAGCAUGGCUAGAAGAUUCCUCUAGCUGUUCAGAUAUACCAAAAUUGGAAGGAGACAGUGAUGACCUGUUGGAGGAUUCGGACAGCGAAGAGCAUUCCAGAUCAGAAUCUGUGACAGGGCAUACAUCACAAAAAGAAACCAUGGAGGUGAGCCUUGAUAUAACAGCCCUGAGCAUCCUUCAGCAGCCUGAGAAACUUCAGUGGGAAAUCGUUGCAAAUGUGCUUGAAGACACAGUUAAGGAUCUAGAAGAACUUGGGGCAAAUCCCUGUCUAGCCAACUGUAAGAGUGAAAAGAUGAAGGAGAAGCAUCUGGAACAGCACAACAUUCCCUUUCCUUGUUUGUUAGCUGGGGGUUUAUUAACAUACAAAUCACCUGCUACCUCCCCUGUUAGUAGUAACUCUCAGAGAUCACUGGAUGGUUUAAGCAGGACUCGAGGUGAGAGUGUAUCAGAGCAGGGAUCAACGGACAAUGAAUCCUGCACUAAUUCAGAACUGAAUUCCCCUCUGGUAAGGAGGACUUUACCAAUAUUGCUUCUUUACAGCAUUAAGGAGUCUGAUGAAAAAGCAGGAAAAAUCUUUUCACAGAUGAACAAUAUUAUGAGUAAAAGUUUACACGAUGAUGGUUUUACAGUUCCACAGAUCAUUGAGAUGGAGCUGGACAGUCAGGAACAGUUGCUGUUGCAGGAUCCACCUGUGACUUAUAUUCAACAAUUUGCAGAUGCAGCAGCCAAUCUAACUUCUCCAGACUCUGAUAAGUGGAACUCUCUGUUUCCCAAGCCUGGGACGUUGGUUCAGUGCCUGCGACUACCUAAGUUUGCAGAGGAGGAGAACCUUUGUGUAGAUUCAAUCACUCCUUGUGCAGAUGGAGUUCAUUUGUUAGUAGGACUACGGACAUGCCCUGUUGAAUCCCUGAGUGCAAUAAAUCAAGUAGAGGCCUUGAAUAAUUUAAAUAAAUUAAAUUCGGCACUAUGUAACAGAAGAAAGGGUGAACUAGAGUCGAGUCUUGCUGUUGUGAAUGGCACAAAUAUCAGUGUGAUCCAGCAUGAGUCACCAGCAGACGCAGUACAAACGCCUUUAAUAAUUCAACCUGAGCAGAGAAAUGUUAGUGGUGGAUAUCUAGUGCUUUACAAAAUGAACUAUGCCACUAGAAUAGUGACUCUAGAGGAGGAACCAAUAAAAAUCCAGCAUAUCAAAGACCCCCAGGACACAAUUACCUCACUGAUUUUGCUCCCACCAGAUAUACUGGACAAUCAAGAUGAUGAGUGUGAGGAGCCUGUAGAAGAAAUACAUUUAACUCCUAAGAAUGGUAAUGGGAGAGAGAGAAAAUCUGAGAUCUCUACUCUUGGGCACCUGGUAAUAACUACUCAGGGAGGGUUUGUAAAAAUUUUAGAUCUUUCGAACUUUGAAAUUCUGGCCAAAGUGGAGCCACCUAAAAAGGAGGGUGAUGAGGAACCCGAUAUGUUUGUCUCUGUGAUCUACUGCUCGGGCACAGACAGACUGUGUGCUUGCACCAAAGGUGGAGAGCUUCAUUUCCUUCAAAUUGGAGGAACCUGUGAUGAUAUAGAUGAAGCUGAUAUACUUGUGGAUGGAUCCCUUUCUAAAGGGGUAGAGCAAUCAUCAGAAGGUGUGAAGCCCUUAUCUAAUCCUUCUAGUCCAGGCAUAACAGGAGUCGAUCUUUUGGUGGACCAACCAUUUUCCCUUGAAACAUUGACAUCCUUGGUGGAAUUAACCCGUUUUGAGACUUUGACCCCACGAUUUUCUGCCACUGUACCUCCAUGCUGGGUGGAAGUCCAACAGGAGCAGCAGCAAAGGCGGCACCCUCAACAUUUACAUCAGCAACACCAUGGGGAUGCAGCACAGCAUACUCGGACUUGGAAGCUGCAGACAGAUAGCAACAGCUGGGAUGAACAUGUCUUUGAACUGGUUUUGCCAAAAGCCUGUAUGGUUGGACACGUGGAUUUCAAAUUUGUUUUGAACUCAAACAUAACAAACAUUCCGCAGAUUCAAGUGACUUUACUGAAAAAUAAAGCUCCAGGCUUAGGAAAAGUAAAUGAAGCAGCAGUAGAUAGGCAGAUCACCUUUCCUUUAUCUCCAGCUCAUAGUAUUGAAAUGGAAAGAAAUGGAAAACCAUCACUGGUUGAGUUGAAUGAAGAAAUGCAGAACAUGGAUGUGGAGGAAUCUCAAUGUCUGCGGUUGUGUCCAUUUUUAGAGGAUCAUAAAGAAGACAUACUAUGUGGUCCAGUAUGGCUGGCUACUGGACUGGAUCUGUCAGGACAUGCUGGAAUGUUGACAUUAACAAGUCCAAAGCUUGUUAAAGGUAUGGCUGGGGGCAAGUACCGUUCAUUUUUAAUCCAUGUUAAAGCAGUGAAUGACAGAGGAACAGAAGAAAUUUGUAAUGGUGGAAUCCGGCCUGUUGUAAGGAUACCAUCUCUAAAACCUCAAAGUAGUAAAGGGAAUUCCCUUGCUUCAUUGUUGGCCAAAGUUGCAGCAGGCAAGGAAAAGUCGUCCAAUAAAAUUGAAACCAGCAAUUCUUCACGGAAAUCAGAUAAUCUGCGAGGGUGUGACUUACUUCAAGAGGUCUCUGUAACUAUUCGAAGAUUUAAAAAAACUUCUGUUUCAAAGGAAAGAGUUCAACGCUGUGCCAUGUUACAGUUUUCAGAGUUCCAUGAAAAACUUCUUAACACACUUUGCAAAAAGACAAAUGAUGGUCUGAUCACAGAACAUGCUCAAAGCCUUGUGUUAGAUACCUUGUGUUGGCUGGCAGGAGUGCAAUCAAAUGGACCUGGCAGCUCAAAGGACGGGAAUGAGAACCUACUUUUUAAAACACGUAAAUGUCUUUCUGAUAUAAUACGUGUGUGCUUCUUUGAAGCAGGGAGGAGCAUAGCCCACAAAUGUGCACGGUUUCUAGCACUAUGCAUAAGUAAUGGCAAAUGUGACCCAAGUCAGCAGGGGUUUGGAUCUGUUCUUCUGAAGGCUUUGCUUGACAAUAUAUCUCUUCUACCUGCUGCUGCAGCUGGUGGAUCUGUGUACUGGUAUUUUGUAUUGCUGAAUUAUGUGAAAGAUGAAGAUUUGGCAGGAUGCAGUACAGCUUGUGCAUCCUUGCUAACUGCUGUGUCCAGACAGUUGCAGGAUCGACUAACACCCAUGGAAGCUUUACUUCAAACAAGAUAUGGAUUAUAUAGUUCACCUUUUGAUCCAGUUCUCUUUGAUUUGGAAAUGAGUGGCUCUUCCUGUAAGAAUGUAUACAACAGCAGCAUUGGUGUACAAUCAGAUGAAAUUGAUUUAUCUGAUGUUCUUUCAGGGAAUGGAAAGAUUAGUGGUGGUGCAGCAGCUGAGGGUAGUUUUACCUCCCUUACUGGACUCCUGGAAGUUGAGCCUCUGCACUUUACCUGUGUUUCUACUAGUGAUGGAACUAGGAUAGAAAGGGACGAUGCAAUGAGUACCUUUGGGGUUACCCCAGCGGUUGGUGGCCUCUCAUCUGGGACGGUUGGGGAAGCCUCGACAGCACUGAGUUCAGCAGCCCAGGUAGCUUUGCAGUCUCUCUCUCAUGCAAUGGCCUCAGCCGAGCAACAGCUCCAGGUGCUGCAAGAGAAACAGCAGCAGCUUUUGAAGCUUCAGCAACAGAAAGCUAAGCUGGAAGCAAAACUACAUCAGACAACAGCUGCAGCAGCUGCAGCAGCAUCAGCAGUUGGUCCUGUUCACAACUCUGUGCCUUCCAACCCAGUAGCAGCACCAGGGUUCUUCAUUCAUCCUUCAGAUGUCAUUCCACCCACUCCAAAAACAACACCUCUGUUUAUGACUCCACCUUUGACGCCACCAAAUGAGGCAGUUUCUGCUGUUAUCAAUGCAGAGCUUGCUCAGCUUUUCCCUGGCUCAGUCAUUGAUCCUCCAACAGUUAAUCUUGCUGCACAUAACAAAAAUGCAAACAAGUCCAGAACGAAUCCACUUGGAUCUGGCCUUGCUCUUGCAAUAUCUCAUGCUUCACAUUUUCUUCAGCCCCCACCUCAUCAGUCCAUUAUCAUAGAACGAAUGCACUCAGGCGCAAGAAGGUUUGUGACCUUAGAUUUUGGCAGACCUGUGCUGUUGACAGAUGUAUUGAUUCCCACCUGUGGAGACUUGGCUUCCUUGUCAAUUGACAUUUGGACUUUGGGAGAAGAAGUGGACGGAAGACGAUUGGUAGUAGCUACUGAUAUUAGCACACAUUCACUCAUUCUACAUGACUUAAUACCACCACCUGUUUGCAGGUUCAUGAAGAUCACCGUAAUUGGUCGAUAUGGUAGUACAAAUGCUAGAGCCAAAAUCCCGUUAGGGUUUUACUAUGGUCAUACCUAUAUCUUGCCAUUGGAAAGUGAACUAAAGUUAAUGCAUGAUCCUCUAAGAGGAGAAGGUGAAGCUGCAAACCAGCCAGAAAUUGAUCAACACUUAACAAUGAUGAUUGCAUUGCAAGAAGACAUACAGUGCAGGUACAACUUGGCAUGCCAUAGACUGGAAAUCCUUUUGCAAAACAUUGACCUGCCUCCACUCAACAGUGCUAACAAUGCCCAGUAUUUUUUGCGAAAACCAGAUAAGGCAGUAGAGGAGGACAGUAGAGUGUUUUCUGCUUACCAGGACUGCAUUCAGCUACAGCUUCAACUCAAUUUGGCUCAUCAUGCUGUACAGAGGCUCAAAGUAGCUUUAGGUGCAAGCAGGAAGACACUAAAAGAACAACCUGACCCAAAAGAGCUGAUUCAGAUGUCCUCCACAGAGCAGUUACGAACCAUCAUCAGAUACUUACUGGAUACUUUACUUAGCUUACUUCAUUCCUCCAAUGGGCACUCUGUUCCUGUGGUUCUGCAAAGUACGUUUCAUGCUCAGGCUUGUGAAGAGUUAUUUAAACAUCUCUGUAUUAGUGGGACCCCAAAGAUACGAUUGCACACUGGCCUUCUACUUGUUCAGCUGUGUGGAGGUGAAAGAUGGUGGGGGCAGUUUCUCUCUAAUGUUUUGCAGGAACUGUACAACUCGGAGCAACUUCUUAUUUUCCCACAAGACAGGGUCUUCGUGUUGCUUUCCUGCAUUGGCCAAAGGUCACUUAGUAACAGUGGUGUCUUAGAAAGUUUGCUUAAUCUCUUGGAUAACCUGCUGUCACCUCUGCAACCUCAUUUACCUAUGUACAGGCGCACUGAAGGGGUAUUGGACAUUCCCAUGAUCAGCUGGGUUGUAAUGCUGGUAUCCAGACUCCUAGACUAUGUGGCAACUGUUGAAGAUGAAGCAGCAACAGCCAAGAAGCCUUUGAAUGGAAAAGAGAGGGAGAGAUUCCUGACAGGCAACCAAUGGAGUUUUAUUAAUAAUAGCCUACAUACCCAGAAUCUGAGCAGAUCUUCUAAAGGCAACAGUAGCCUAGAUAGAUUGUACUCCAGAAAGAUCAGAAAGCAACUUGUUCAUCAUAAACAGCAACUUAACUUAUUAAAAGCAAAACAGAAGGCUUUGGUGGAACAGAUGGAAAAAGAGAAAAUACAAAGCAACAAAGGAUCAUCAUACAAACUUUUAGUAGAACAGGCAAAACUAAAGCAGGCUACUUCAAAGCAUUUCAAGGAUUUAAUACGCUUACGUCGGACUGCAGAGUGGCCUCGUUCUACUUUAGACACAGAAGUAUCGACGACAAAGGAAACGCCAGAAAUUGAGCCACUUCCAUUUACUCUGGCACACGAACGUUGUAUCUCAGUAGUGCAGAAGCUGGCACUCUUUCUUUUGUCAAUGGACUUCACUUGCCACGCAGAUCUACUGCUGUUUGUUUGUAAGGUUCUUGCUAGAAUUGCAAAUGCUACAAGACCAACGAUUCAUUUGUGUGAGAUUGUGAAUGAAACUCAGCUAGAAAGGCUAUUGCUGCUUUUGGUUGGGACCGACUUUAAUAGAGGAGAUAUCUCUUGGGGAGGAGCGUGGGCUCAGUAUUCUCUGAGUUGUAUGUUGCAAGAUAUUCUAGCAGGAGAACUAUUGGCAACAAUAGCAGCUGAAGCUAUGGAGGAAGGAGCCAUGGGAGAAGAUGCGGGAGCUUCUGCUGUAGACUCUGAUGACUCUUUUCAGCAGUCUGCAGUUCAGUUAGUGGAAACGAUAGAUGAGCCUUUGACACAUGACAUCACAGGUGCUCCCCCUCUGUCAUCUUUGGAAAAAGAUAAGGACAUUGACCUAGAAUUACUACAAGACCUGAUGGAAGUUGAUAUUGAUCCUUUAGAUAUUGAUUUGGAGAAAGAUCCCCUAGCAGCCAAAGUCUUCAAGGAAAUCAUAUUUCAGCGUCUCUUGUGCAAUCUACUUGAGUCUUUGGACGCUCGUCUAGAAGUUGGACUGGAACAGCAAGCAGAGCUGAUGCUGAAAAUGAUGUCUACUCUAGAGGCUGAUUCCAUUUUGCAAGCAUUAACAAAUACAUCGCCUACAUUAACUCAGUCUCCUAGUGGAACAGAUGAUUCAUUGCUAAGAGGAUUACAUGCUGCUAACCAGACCAACCAGCUGAUCAUACAGUUGUCCUCCAUACCUAUGCUGAGUGUGUGCUUCAACAAACUAUUUUCCAUGCUACAAGUCCAUCAUGUUCAGCUUGAAUCGCUUCUACAGUUAUGGCUCACGUUAAGCCUGAAUGCCAGCUCCUCUGGGAGUAAAGAUAAUGGCGCUGAUGUUUUCCUUUAUAAUGCUAAUCGGAUACCUGUAAUUUCUUUGAACCAAGCAUCAGUAACUAGCUUUCUGACAGUCCUGGCCUGGUAUCCUAAUACCUUACUCCGGACGUGGUGCCUUGUACUUCAUAGCCUAACUCUUAUGACGAACAUGCAGCUUAACUCUGGUUCAAGCAGUGCCAUCGGAGCUCAGGAAAGUACUGCCCAACUGUUGGUGUCAGAUCCCAACCUCAUUCAUGUUUUAGUAAAAUUUCUUUCAGGCACUAAUCCUCAUGGAACAAACCAACACAGUCAACAGGUUGGGCCAACAGCUACACAAGCUAUGCAAGAAUUUCUUACUCGAUUACAAGUGCACCUUUCUUCAACUUGUCCUCAGAUGUUCAGUGAAUUUUUAUUAAAGUUAAUACAUAUACUUUCAACAGAGAGGGGUGCUUUCCAAACAGGCCAGGGACCUCUGGAUGCACAAGUGAAGCUCUUGGAAUUUACCCUGGAACAGAAUUUUGAAGUAGUAUCAGUUAGCACCAUUUCUGCAGUAAUUGAGUCUAUCACCUUUUUGGUGCACCAUUACAUUACAUGCUCAGACAAAGUGAUGUCUCGCAGUGGGUCAGACAGCUCAGUGGGUGCUCGAGCAUGUUUUGGAGGGCUCUUUGCCAAUAUUAUCCGCCCAGGUGAUGCCAAAGCAGUUUGUGGAGAAAUGACAAGGGAUCAACUCAUGUUUGAUUUGUUAAAGCUAGUUAAUAUCUUAGUGCAGCUGCCACUUUCGAGUAACCGAGAAUAUAGUGCUCGGGUUCCAAUAGCUAGCAGUACUACAGACAGUGUUUCUGAUGAAGAAAAAGUUUCGGGAGGCAAAGAUGGCAAUGGAAACAGCUCUAAUACUCAAGGAUCAACUGCAUAUGUGGCAGACUUGGUGUUAGCCAACCAACAAAUUAUGAGCCAGAUUUUGUCUGCUCUGGGCCAGUGUAACAGCAGUGCUAUGGCAAUGAUAAUCGGUGCAAGUGGUUUGCAUCUCACAAAACAUGAAAACUUUCAUGGUGGAUUAGAUGCAAUAUCAGUUGGAGAUGGAUUGUUCACUAUAUUGACAACACUUAGUAAAAAAGCCACUACAGUGCAGGUGAUGCUUCAACCAAUUCUUACCUACAUGGCCUGUGGGUACAUGGGAAGACAAGGUUCUCUUGCUACCUGCCAAUUAUCUGAGCCACUGCUAUGGUUUAUUCUGAGAGUGUUGGACACCAGCGAAGCACUGAAAGCAUUCCAUGAUAUGGGAGGUGUUCAGCUCAUUUGCAACAACAUGGUAACCAGUACAAGAGCCAUUGUCAACACAGCAAGAAGCAUGGUUUCAACUAUUAUGAAAUUUCUUGACUCUGGUCCUACUAAGGCAACAGAUAGCAGUUUGAAAGCAAGAGUACUAGCUUCUGAGCCUGAUAAUGCAGAAGGAAUCCACAAUUUUGCACCAUUAGGUUCAAUCACAUCAAGCAGUCCUACUGCCCAACCUGCUGAAGUACUACUUCAGGCCACUCCUCCCCACAGAAGAGCUCGAUCUGCUGCAUGGUCUUACAUCUUUCUACCUGAGGAAGCCUGGUGUGACCUCACAAUUCACCUUCCUGCUGCAGUGCUGCUAAAAGAGAUACACAUCCAGCCUCAUCUUGCAUCCCUUGCAACUUGCCCUUCAUCAGUAUCUGUUGAAGUAAGUGCAGAUGGGGUGAAUAUGUUACCUUUGUCAACUCCUGUUAUCACAAGUGGUCUCACAUAUAUAAAAAUCCAGCUUGUAAAAGCUGAAGUGGCCUCAGCAGUUUGCCUUCGACUUCAUCGCCCCCGAGAUGCUAGCACAUUAGGCCUUUCUCAGAUUAAAUUGUUAGGCCUCACAGCCUUUGGAAACACAUCGUCUGCAACAGUUAACAAUCCAUUCCUUCCUUCUGAAGAUCAAGUGUCUAAAACAAGUAUUGGAUGGUUAAGAUUAUUGCAUCACUGCCUCACUCACAUAAGCGAUUUAGAAGGAAUGAUGGCUAGUGCUGCAGCACCCACUGCCAAUCUGUUGCAGACAUGUGCAGCCUUACUGAUGUCACCAUACUGUGGUAUGCAUUCUCCAAACAUUGAGGCUGUGCUUGUAAAAAUUGGGCUGCAGUCCACUAGAAUAGGCCUAAAACUGAUUGACAUUCUUCUAAGAAAUUGUUCCGCAUCUGGGAGUGAUCCUGCAGAUUUGAAUAGCCCUUUACUUUUUGGAAGACUGAAUGGCCUGUCUUCUGACUCUACAAUAGACAUUCUCUAUCAGCUGGGAACAACUCAGGACCCUGGAACAAAAGACAGAAUUCAAGCCCUGCUGAAGUGGGUCAGUGAUUCUGCAAGAGCAGCUUCCAUGAAAAAAAAUGUCCGGAUCAGUUAUAUCUGCCCAAACAGCUCAACAAGAGAGUAUGGUCUCUUGAUGCCAUCUCCUUCCCAUUUGCACUGUGUAGCAGCAAUUUUGUGGCAUAGCUAUGAGCUACUUGUAGAAUAUGACUUACCAGCAUUGCUGAACAGAGAGCUCUUUGAGUCACUGUUUAACUGGUCUAUGUCUCUUCCCUGCAACAUGGUUUUGAAGAAAGCUGUGGAUAGUUUGCUUUGCUCAAUGUGCCACAUCCACCCAAAUUAUUUUUCCUUACUCAUGGGCUGGAUGGGUAUUAACCCUCCUCCAAUGCAGUGUCAACAUAGACUGUCUAUGACAGAUGACAGCAAAAAACAGGACCUUAGUUCAUCUUUAACAGAUGACUCUAAAAACGCACAAGCACCUCUUGCACUAACAGAGUCUCACUUGGCUACCCUUGCUGCCUCAUCUCAGUCUCCCGAAGCUAUCAAGCAAUUAUUGGACUCAGGUUUGCCCUCUCUCCUUGUAAGAAGCCUUGCUAGUUUCUGCUUUAACCAUACUUCCAGCUCUGACUGCACUUCUCAGUCUGUGGAUAUUACCCAGGAUAGACUCAGGAGACAUCAUGUUCCACAGUACUUUAAUAAAAUGCCUAUCACGGCAGACCUAGUUGCUCCUGUACUCAGGUUUUUGACAGAAGUUGGUAACAGCCACAUCAUGAAGGAUUGGUUGGGUGGUUCUGAAGUCAAUCCACUGUGGACAGCACUUUUAUUUCUGUUGUGCCAUUCUGGUGCUACUUCUGGAGGACACAGUGUGGUAGCGCAACAGACCAGUGCAAGAUCUACUUUGCUUUCUUCAACGGCAGGAACAGGACUGACCACUCAGCAAAGGACCGCAAUUGAAAAUGCAACCGUUGCAUUCUUUUUACAGUGUAUCUCCUGCCAUCCUAAUAACCAGAGGCUGAUGGCACAGGUUCUCUGUGAAUUGUUCCAGUCAUCUCUUCAACGAGGGAACUUCCCAACAUCUGGAAACAUUUCAGGGUUUAUUAGAAGGUUAUUUCUGCAGUUGAUGCUGGAGGAUGAAAAAGUGACAAUGUUUCUUCAGUCCCCAUGUCCACUGUACAAAGGUAGAAUUAAUGCUACCAGCCAUGUAAUCCAACAUCCAAUGUAUGGUGCAGGACACAAGUUCCGUACUCUUCACUUACCUGUCUCAACAACAUUAGCAGAGGUUCUUGACCGUGUGUCAGAUACACCAAGUAUCACAGCUAAACUAAUUAAUGAACAGAAAGAAGAUAAAGAAAAAAAGAACUACGAAGAGAAAGAAAAAGUUAAAGCAGAAAAUGGAUUUCAGGACAAUUACAGUGUUGUUGUUGCCUCUGGGUUGAAAUCUCAGUCUAAAAGAGCUGUUUCAUCAACUCCUCCUCGGCCACCAUCAAGACGAGGCAGAAUGAUGACAGAUAAAGUAGGUAGCUCUUCCUCAGGAAGUGAAUCUUCCAGCAAGACCAUUAGCGUUCCAGUUUUUCAUCUAUACCAUAAACUUCUACCAGGCCAGCCUUUGCCAGCUGAAAUGACACUUGCCCAGCUUUUGACUCUACUAUAUGACCGUAAACUCCCUCAAGGCUAUCGAUCAAUAGACUUGACAGUUAAGCUUGGCUCCAAAGUGAUCUCAGACCCAAGCCUGUCAAAGACAGACUCCUUUAAGCGUCUCCACACAGAAAAAGAACAUGCAGACUUACUGGGGUCCUGUCCUGAAGAGGAAGCAGUCACUCCAGGCGAUGAGAGUAUGGAUGCAGUGCUGGAUGAAUCUUUUCUUGAAACGUGUCCCAUUCAGUCUCCAUUACAAGUUUUUGCAGGAAUGGGUGGGUUGGCCCUCAUUGCAGAGAGACUUCCUAUGCUUUAUCCAGAUGUAAUUCAACAAGUGAGUGCUCCAGUAGUUACAUCCACUACACAAGAGAAGCAGAAGGACAGUGAUCAGUUUGAAUGGGUUACCAUUGAGCAAUCAGGAGAACUAGUUUACGAAGCCCCAGAAACAAUUGCUGCCGAGCCUCCACCCAUCAAAUCAACAGUGCAAACUAUGUCUCCCAUACCAGCUCAUUCUUUGGCUGCCUUUGGAUUAUUUCUUCGUCUCCCUGGCUAUGCAGAGGUGCUAUUAAAAGAGAGGAAACAUGCCCAGUGUCUGCUUAGAUUGGUGUUGGGAGUUACAGAUGAUGGUGAAGGAAGUCAUAUCCUGCAGUCCCCUUCGGCUAAUGUGCUUCCAACUCUUCCAUUUCAUGUGCUGCGCAGUUUGUUCAGCACCACACCAUUGACUACUGAUGAUGGCGUGCUCCUUAGGCGCAUGGCACUAGAAAUUGGGGCGGUGCAUCUUAUACUUGCGUGUCUAUCUGCUCUAAGCCACCAUGCCCCGAGAGUGCCCAACUCUAGUCCCAACCAGUCAGAGCCACAGGUGUCAAGCACGCACAACAGUGUAUCAACAGAAGAACAGCAACUCUACUGGGCUAAGGGUACUGGCUUUGGAACUGGCUCCACUGCUUCCGGAUGGGAUGUAGAACAAGCUUUGACUAAACAAAGGCUGGAAGAAGAACAUGUCACCUGUCUUCUGCAGGUUCUUGCUAGUUACAUAAAUCCUGCAGGGAGCAUAUCAAAUGGAGAGACCCAGACUAACCAUGAGGGUAGAGGACAAAACAGCAAUGCUCUUCCAUCAGUUCUGUUAGAGCUACUCAGUCAGUCUUGUCUCAUUCCAGCAAUGUCGUCAUACCUCCGUAACGAUUCAGUUUUGGAUAUGGCCAGGCAUGUUCCUCUCUACAGAGCUCUGCUAGAGUUGCUCCGUGCUAUUGCGUCCUGCACCUCUAUGGUGCCGCUGUUGCUGCCUCUGUCUGGUGAAAAUGGAGAAGAGGAGGAAGAGCAGUUGGAAUCUCAAGCUUCUGUUGGCACUCUAUUGGCUAAAAUGAAGACUUGUGUGGAUACCUACACUAACCGAUUGAGGUCUAAAAAAGAAAAAGCUAAAGCAGGAGUAAAACCAGAUGCUUCUGAUCAAGAGCCAGAGGGGCUGACACUUUUGGUACCAGACAUCCAGAAGACUGCUGAGAUAGUUUAUGCUGCUACCACCAGUUUGCGCCAAGCAAAUCAAGAAAAGAAGUUGGCUGAAUACUCCAAAAAGGCUUCUGUGAAGCCCAAGCCUUUGUCUGUUUUAAGGUCCCUUGAAGAAAAGUAUGUGGCUGUAAUGAAAAAACUCCAGUUUGAUACAUUUGAAAUGGUUUCUGAAGAUGAUGAUGGAAAACUAGUUUUUAAAGUAAAUUACCACUACAUGUCUCAGGUAAAAAAUGCAAGUGAUGCAAACAGUGCUGCCAGGGCUCGACGUCUUGCACAAGAAGCUGUGACUCUUUCAACAUCACUGCCGCUUUCAUCUUCAUCCAGUGUCUUUGUACGCUGUGAUGAGGAACGGCUUGAUAUCAUGAAGGUGCUCAUAACUGGCCCAGCAGACACCCCUUAUGCAAAUGGAUGCUUUGAAUUUGACGUAUAUUUUCCACAAGACUAUCCUAAUUCACCUCCACUUGUGAAUCUGGAAACAACUGGAGGCCAUAGUGUGAGAUUUAAUCCAAACCUUUACAAUGAUGGCAAGGUCUGUUUAAGCAUACUUAACACAUGGCAUGGAAGACCAGAAGAAAAGUGGAAUCCCCAGACUUCAAGUUUUUUGCAAAUUCAGUCUAGUGAAAUUCCCAAGGAAAAUGUUAGAGGGAAAGGAGAUUCCGCAGGAGGAGCUGCAAGACGUGGAAGGGAGUGA